ACCACUUUCCUCGUGGGAUAUCUUCUUUACUUCUGAGGUAACUAUGGCUUUUUGUGGGAAGACUACUCUGUACAUCCUGGGCCUUCUGAUAUUCGGCUCCCUCAACACUAUGUGUACUAAGCUGCAGUUCGAAAUGACUUCGGUCGGUAUCAAUGGAGAUGUUAAGCACUUUAUGAAGCCCUGGUUCGGAACAUUAACCAUGUUCAUGGGUAUGGUUAUCGUUCUAGUAAUCCACUUUAUUGACGUCUUGAUUGAUCGUAUGAGAGCGAGGGGGCACCGUGGUGAAGCUUAUGAAGCCUUGUUGGAGCAGCCACAUCAACAGCGGCAGAACUCUGGUGGGAAGGAUGUUCCUAGCUUUUGGAGAGCUGGUUUAUUGAUAUUGGCCCCUGCCGCUUUUGAUUUGAUCGCCACGACUAUGUCCUUUGUGGGAUUGUUGUAUAAUUCGGCAUCUGUAUGGCAGAUGUUGAGAGGGUCUAUGAUCAUUUUUUCCGCUAUCUUUUCCGUUCUUUUCCUUGGUAGGAAACUACACGGCUAUCAUUGGUUCGGAGUCUUCAUGUGUGUGGUCGCCAUUUGCUUGGUAGGCAUCGCCAAUGUCAUGUCCGGUUCUUCCGCUACGUCACAUGUUAGUACUGGUCUGAUGGUAUUCGGUAUGGUUAUGAUUGUUGCCUCGCAAGUCAUUCAAUCUCUACAAAUCGUCACUGAGGAGAAGCUGUUGAAAGGGUUCACUAUCGCUCCGUUCCAUAUUGUUGGUAUGGAAGGUGUCUGGGGUACCCUCAUUCUGUUCAUUUUCAUUUUCCCAUUGUUGUAUUUUAUCCCCGGUAAGGAUGAAGGGUCCGCUGAAAAUACUUUGGAUACUAUGGUCAUGAUUGAGAACAAUAAGAAUCUACAGAUAAUGGUUGGUGUUUACGUUGUCUCGGUUUUCACCUACAACAUGGCUGGAAUGUUGGUCACAUACGCACUAUCUGCAGUACAUAGAACAAUGCUAGAAGCUACUAGAACUGCUGUCAUCUGGAUAUGUGAUCUGAUCAUCCAGUAUUUCGUGGCUCCCGGCUCUAACUUUGGUGAAGUGUGGACUACAUGGUCUUGGCUCCAGCUCUUCGGUUUUGUUCUCUUAGUCAUGGGUCAGGCUGUCUACUCUGAUCUUGUCAAGGUUCCAGGUUUUUACUAUCCACCAAAGCCGCCGGUGAUGAGGAUCAUGAAGUCGCCAGCAAGCGUAAGGUUCAAUGUUCCCGUGAUCGCUGAAGAUGCCCCUGAGGGAACUCGUUAAGGUUGAGGGUGCUUAUCGCAAAUCCCGCUGUAUUGUAUACAAAACGUCAGUCUUCCCUACUUUAACUCUAUCGAAUUUGGAGGCCGAUUUGCACUCGGUUUGAUAGCAGUUCGCCAAUAUCGGUAGUUGAAAGAGGCAAAUUCUUGACGAGAGAUGUUAAAGCAGACAAAUGCGGAUGCUUAGUUCUUCCGUCCUGGCUCGUUCUUCCUUCGCCCGUUAUUUGAGUAUUGAACCGUACUCGCGUAACUUGGUAUC